CUAAACCAAAGAUAUAACAUUCUAGAGAGAGAACACACACACGCACUGUGUGACUCUACUUGAUUAACAAGUAAAAAAGGGUUUUAAUUACUAUAUAUACAAAUCUUUCACUAAACAGUAACAAAACCCUUUUUUUCAUUCAUGUUUUCUCUCUUCCUCAUUUAAAAGUGAUUAUAUUAGCCAGAUCUGAUUAAGGAAAAGUGGACUGAUUAGAUAUAUAUACAGAUAUAAAUAUAUAUAUAGAUCAGAUGGGUGGUGAUCAAAAUUAAUUUCUUUGAUGAUUGUGUUUGAACCAUACAAUACAAAAUCUUUGGAACCAGCUUUUGAGUUUGGCUCACUUUUGAAGUGUGAAAAGAGAAAGAUUUGGUUGUCUUUCUUAGCCAUUUCAUUAGCCGGUGUAUGUCUCGUAACAUAGACAGCAGCCCGGUUCAAACGCAAAUGGCUGCAGCGGUUUUUAAGAGUCCUGUUGGGAGGGAGUAUCAUGGGAAUGAGAGGAUGGAAGGGGUUAAAACAGGGAGAAGACGGGUUUUUGUUCAAACUGAAAGCGGGUGUGUUUUGGGAAUGGAUUUGGAUCGAAAUGAUAAUGCGCAUAUGGUUAAACGAAGGUUACAGAUUGCUCUUAAUGUUUCGACUGAAGAGAGUUCUUUGACAUUUGGUGAUAUGGUGUUGAAGAAUGAUCUUAGUGCUAUUCGUAACCAUUCCCCUUUAUUGUUGACACGAAACCUUAUGCAUAGAAGCUCUUCGACUCCUUGUUUGUCGCCUUCUGGGAGGGAUAUACAAAAGAGAGAUCGUAGCGGGCCUAUUGAGAUCUUGGGGCAUUCGAAAAGAUUUUCAACAACAAAAGAGCUAGUUGACGAGAUUGUGAUGGCUUUGAAGGCAGGUGUUGACCCGAUCCAAGUUCAUGGUGGGCUUGGAGGUGCUUAUUAUUUUAGAAACAGUAGAGGAGAAAGUGUGGCAAUUGUGAAACCGACUGAUGAGGAGCCUUUUGCCCCUAAUAACCCGAAAGGGUUUGUGGGUAAAACUCUUGGGCAACCAGGGUUAAAGAGAUCGGUUCGUGUUGGUGAAACGGGCUUUCGUGAAGUGGCUGCUUACCUUCUUGAUCAUGACCAUUUUGCUAAUGUACCUUCUACUGCACUAGUCAAGAUUACACACUCUAUUUUUAAUGUUAAUGAUGGUGUAAGUGGGAAUAACAAUAAGAAGAAUAAAAGUUUUAGCAAGAUUGCUUCAUUUCAACAGUUUAUCCCUCAUGAUUUUGAUGCUAGUGACCAUGGAACAUCAAGUUUCCCGGUCUCUUCUGUUCAUCGUAUUGGUAUAUUAGAUAUAAGGAUCUUUAACACUGAUCGGCAUGGCGGGAAUCUGCUUGUCAAGAAGCUUAAUAAUGAUGGCAAAUUUGGUCAACAGUUUGAACUUGUUCCCAUUGACCAUGGCCUGUGCCUGCCAGAAAGCUUAGAGGAUCCAUAUUUUGAGUGGAUCCAUUGGCCACAAGCUUCAAUUCCAUUUUCAGAAGAUGAGCUUGAGUACAUUAAAGCACUUGACCCGAGUCAUGACUCAGAGAUGCUAAGAGAGGAGCUUCCCAUGAUUCGUGAAGCCUGUCUACGUGUUCUGACCCUCUGCACUAAUUUCCUUAAAGAAGCUGCUUGUUUUGGGCUGUGUCUAGCUGAGAUUGGUGAGAUGAUGACCCGUGAGUUUAGGCGUGGUGAAGAGGAACCCAGUGAGCUCGAGGUUUUGUGCAUAGAAGCAAGGCGGAUUGUAGCUGAGAGGGAAAGAGAAAUAUUUGCGUUAUCUCCUAAAAGAGAAAUGCAGGAAGACGGUUUCCAGUUUCAAAUCGACUGUGAUGAUUCUCAAAGUUCCCCAAACCCGAUUUUUCCAUUUCACUUUGGGAUGGGGAGAAACCCGCUUUCUAAACUUGAAGAAGAAGAAGAAAACGAAGAGGAAGAAAGCGAAACAGAAGACAUAGUGUAUCCUACACUUGGAAAUAUACCUUCUGUGUCGAAUAUAUCAAUGUCACUCAAGAAAAACUUAAGUCUAGGCGACUCGUCUGCUGGGCACAGAAGUGCAGGCGAGCAGCUUCCGACAAGUGAAAGCUUUGUGAAGGUGGCAGACAUGAACGACGAAGAAUGGGGCUUGUUUUUAGAGAAGUUUCAGGAUCUGUUGCACCCUGCUUUCGUGCAGCGUAAGUCCGGUGGCACUGGUCAGAGGCAGAGGCAGAGGCUGGGGACUUCUUGUCAGUUUUGAGAGGUUAGGUUAAUCAUGUUUACUGGUUGUAUGAGUUUGACUUGGUAUUUAGUGUUUAGCGUUUAGGCUCGAUCUGGCUGUUUUUCUUUAUUUGUUUCAGUCCUUUUGGCCGUGUUACAUAAAUAACUUGUAAUGUAUGCAAAAAGAAAGAAAAAAAAGUUUAGAGAAUGAAAGUAUUAGUUUAAGAUUGUAAAUA